GUGUUUACAUUGCAGCUCUGCUAUCUGUCAGUUCAGAGCACGCUGAACCUGAGAGAAGACGUUAUCUCUCGGGAUCAGCGUGUUCCUGUGAAGUACACACCCCCGCCCACUAUAAAACACACACAGCACACAGUUAACCCUUUGAUUGCCCCAGAUGUUAACCCCUUCCUGCCCAGUGCCAUUAGUACAGUGUCAGUGCUUUUUAUUAGCACUGAUCACUGUAUUAGUUUCACUGGGGAUGUCAGUGGCAGUUAGUCAGUUCCCCCCAGUGUCAUAAUGCCCGCCAGUC